AGACAAUAAAAUAUACAAUUAAUUAAAAUCUUUAGAGCAACCAGCAGCAUCAUUAAUAAAGCAUUACACUCUAAAGCACAUAAGAAUUGCAGCUUACUCUCCCAUCUCAGUGGGAAAAACCAGGAUAAAAGAGCCUGUCUUUCAUCAUAGUCAAUAAACUGAGUUUAUUGGACUUGGGCUGGUAGAUUUUCAAAGAAAUAGGCUCCUGGCCAAUACCCCACUCCUCUCUACAUGAAACAUCUGGGUUAAUAAUAACAAUCGCCUGCCUUCAUUUGGCACUUACUUCAUUGAUAGGUUCUUGUUUAAUUCUCACAAGAAUGCAGGGUAAACGUUAGGAAUUCCAUUACACAGAUGAGGAAACAGAGGAUGGCAUGAGUUCUAGAAGUGCUCCUCACAUGUAGUCUGUGGACCAGCAACAUCAGCAGGAGCUUGUUGGAAGGGCAGAUUCACAGCCCCACCUCGGACUCACUGAAUCACAAUUUCCAGGGGUGGAGCCCCUUGGCUUGUUUUUCACAAGGUCUUCAGGUGAUUCUUAUGCAUGCCAGUGUUUGAGAACAAUUAGUUUAUAAGACUUUAUGGACACUACUGUGUAGUAGGAGCAGAAAUUGAGACUUGGUACAUUGGAUUUUACUGUUCAUAGGGAGCAUCUCUAAGAAAUCUUUGAAGUAUGGAUCCCUCAGAACUAUACAUGAUUUAUGCUUGCUAUAGAUUUUCCUUUUCUCUUUAUCCUUAGCGCUUGCCUUUCCAAAUAACUUCUCUGUCCAGUGUAUAUGCAAAAAGAAAUAAUUUUAAGAGAGAGAUCCUUUUAAAAUCUUUCUUGAGAGAACCCCAUAGCUCUAGUCUCUUUCCCUUUUGUACCGUCAUAUCUCUUUCCAGAAGAUUCUUUUGAAACUUAAAUGUGACCAUUCUGGUCAUGCCUGUUUGAAAGCCUCUGAAAUCAGUUAUUGUCUUUGCUAUGUAUACUUUUGUGUCUUCACAGAAAUAGACCAUUGUUCAUGUUGGCUGACUGACAGGAUGGUACCAUUUUUAUCUCAUCUCAAAGAGCUUAUUCUAGAAUGUUGGUGCCAUGCUGGUAAAGUUUGAAGAUAAGUCAUGGCAUUUGAUCAUAUAUCCUGAUUUUACCAUUUACUGGUUGGUUGCAUGAUCUGCAUAUAUUAUCUGACUUUUCUGAGUUUCCAUUUUAAAAAUGAAGAUGGCAAUAUGGUAUAAAUUGGAGUGAAUUAUUUGAGAAUACUUUGGAAGCCAUUGGGUGCUACGCAAGUGUGAAGUAAUGUUUUGAACAUUACUUCUGGCAUGUUUUGAACAGUCUGGCAUGUUUUGAACAAUGGCUUCUGAGAGUGAGUCUACAGAGAGAUUUGGGGAUAAAUGUUGUGUUACUCUUCCCUGUGAUGGUGACUGGGCUUGUCAAAUGAGUUUGUGUACAGAAGGGAGGAGCAGAGUGUGCCUGGUGGAAGGAUCUCAGGCUUUGGACUCACCCAGGCUGACUGUGAACUCACUCUCAGCUUUAUCUCUAAAACGAAUGCCAGAGAACCUACUUGUAAAAGUUGCUGUGAGGAAGGUUGGAGUGGAAGACAAAAGAAUCGAGAGUCAAUGGUAUAUUCAUGGGAUUUAAAGCCAUGAGAGGUUGGAUGCAAUCACUCAGGGAAGAAAUCUACAAGAGAAGACAAAAGGGCUGGAAGAACCUUGUGUGAGAAAUUAUGAACCACCGCACCGCCCCCCCACCCCGCGCCACACCUAGGGCUCUGGUGCUGACUUUGUGCUGUAGCUGGGUCCCUGGAAGGCUCACUUAUUCCAGCCUCAGCUCCCUCCCAGGCCUGCCAAGAAGCUACAGAGGCAUUCAUAAGAAGGCACUUUGAUAACCAAACAGCAGGGGUUCCAAACCCACCUGACUAUGGCAGCCCAGAUGACCACACAUGGAUGGCAGUCCUGGCUUCUUAAAAAAAAAAGAGUUUGAUGUGGAUACUCUCAGUAAAUCCGAGCUGCGGAUGCUCCUCAGCGUGAUGGAAGGGGAGCUGGAGGCCAGAGACCUUGUCAUCGAGGCCCUGCGGGCUCGCAGGAAGGAGGUAUUUAUCCAGGAACGGUAUGGGAGAUUUAAUCUAAAUGACCCGUUCCUGGCACUCCAGAGAGACUAUGAAGCAGGUGCUGGUGACAAAGAGAAGAAGCCAGUUUGUACCAACCCCCUCUCCAUCCUUGAAGCAGUCAUGGCCCACUGCAAGAAAAUGCAAGAAAGGAUGUCCGCACAGCUGGCUGCUGCUGAGAGCAGACAAAAGAAGCUGGAAAUGGAGAAGCUUCAGCUACAAGCCCUUGAGCAAGAGCACAAGAAGCUGGCUGCCCGCCUUGAGGAAGAGCGCGGCAAGAACAAGCAGGUGGUCCUGAUGCUCGUCAAAGAGUGCAAGCAGCUCUCAGGCAAAGUCAUAGAGGAGGCCCAGAAGCUCGAAGAUGUAAUGGCCAAACUGGAAGAGGAAAAGAAAAAGACGAAUGAAUUAGAAGAGGAACUCUCCACUGAGAAACGAAGAAGCACAGAAAUGGAAGCUCAGAUGGAAAAACAACUCUCUGAGUUUGACACCGAGCGGGAACAGCUUCGUGCCAAGUUGAACCGGGAAGAAGCACACACCACUGACCUCAAAGAGGAGAUAGACAAGAUGAAGAAAAUGAUUGAGCAACUGAAAAGGGGAAGUGACAGCAAACCAAGCCUCUCUCUUCCACGGAAGACAAAAGAUAGGCGUUUGGUUUCCAUAUCUGUGGGAACAGAAGGAACUGUGACAAGGUCUGUCGCAUGCCAGACAGACCUAGUGACAGAAAGUGCUGACUACAUGAAAAAGUUGCCUUUAACCAUGCCUGUAAAACCUUCCACAGGGAGUCCCCUAGUUUCUGCAAAUGCAAAAGGGAGCGAGUGCACCAGUGCCACUAUGGCCAGACCAGGUAUUGACAGGCAGGCUUCCCAUGGUGACUUGAUUGGCGCUUCUGUACCCGCUUUCCCACCUCCAAGUGCAAACAAAAUUGAGGAAAAUGGACCAAGCACUGGCUCAACACCAGAUCCAACCAGUAGCACACCCCCACUUCCCAGUAACGCUGCCCCUCCCACCGCUCAAACACCAGGCAUAGCUCCUCAGAACUCGCAAGCUCCACCUAUGCACAGUUUACAUUCACCAUGUGCCAACACCUCUUUGCAUCCAGGUCUAAACCCACGAAUCCAAGCAGCUAGAUUUAGAUUUCAGGGCAAUGCUAAUGACCCAGACCAAAAUGGAAAUACUACCCAAAGUCCUCCGUCAAGAGAUGUCUCGCCUACAAGUCGUGACAACCUAGUGGCCAAACAACUAGCUCGGAAUACUGUGACCCAAGCACUGUCAAGAUUUACAAGCCCUCAAGCAGGUGCUCCCUCAAGGCCUGGAGUGCCCCCAACAGGGGAUGUUGGCACCCACCCUCCAGUUGGUCGGACCAGUUUAAAGACUCAUGGUGUAGCACGAGUUGACAGAGGAAAUCCUCCUCCUAUCCCUCCAAAAAAGCCAGGGCUCUCCCAAACUCCUUCUCCACCACACCCCCAACUCAAGGUUAUUAUAGACAGCAGCAGGGCCUCGAACACAGGGGCCAAAGUUGAUAACAAAACUGUGGCUUCGCCUCCUUCCAGUUUGCCACAAGGGAACAGGGUGAUCAAUGAGGAGAACCUUCCUAAGUCAUCCUCCCCUCAGCUGCCACCAAAACCAUCCAUAGAUUUAACUGUGGCACCUGCAGGCUGUGCCGUUUCAGCCCUGGCCACGUCUCAGGUGGGUGCCUGGCCUGCUGCAACCCCCGGACUGAACCAACCUGCAUGUUCAGACAGUUCCCUUGUCAUUCCUACCACCAUUGCCUUUUGCUCUUCCAUAAACCCCGUUAGUGCCUCAUCCUGUAGACCAGGUGCCUCAGACAGCCUCCUGGUAACAGCAUCAGGCUGGUCACCCUCCCUAACCCCUUUGCUAAUGAGUGGUGGUCCUGCCCCCCUGGCUGGCAGGCCCACCCUUCUUCAGCAAGCUGCUGCCCAGGGAAAUGUCACUUUAUUAUCAAUGCUGCUUAAUGAAGAAGGACUGGACAUUAAUUACUCCUGUGAAGAUGGCCAUUCUGCCUUGUAUUCUGCUGCUAAGAAUGGACAUACAGACUGUGUGAGAUUGCUGCUGAGUGCAGAAGCCCAAGUCAAUGCUGCUGAUAAAAAUGGCUUCACACCCUUGUGUGCUGCAGCUGCUCAGGGACAUUUCGAGUGUGUAGAAUUAUUAAUUGCAUAUGAUGCUAACAUUAAUCAUGCUGCUGAUGGAGGACAGACACCUCUAUACCUGGCCUGUAAAAAUGGAAAUAAAGAAUGUGUUAAACUCUUGUUGGAAGCUGGAACCAAUCGAAGUGUAAAAACCACAGAUGGCUGGACACCAGUUCACGCAGCUGUGGACACUGGUAAUGUGGACAGCCUCAAGCUUCUUAUGUACCACAGAAUACCAGCUCGUGGAAAUUCUUUCAAUGAGGAGGAGUCUGAGUCAAGUGUCUUUGACUUGGAUGGAGGAGAAGACAGUCCUGAAGGCAUAUCCAAGCCUGUUAUUCCCGCGGACCUCAUUAACCACGCCAACAGAGAAGGGUGGACUGCUGCCCACAUUGCUGCUUCCAAAGGUUUUAAGAACUGCCUGGAAAUCUUGUGUAGGCACAGAGGGCUUGAGCCAGAAAGAAGAGACAAGUGCAAUCGGACUGUGCAUGAUGUUGCCACUGAUGACUGCAAGCAUUUGCUGGAGAAUCUGAAUGCUCUUAAAAUACCCUUAAGGAUUUCAGUGGGUGAGAUUGAACCAAGCAACUAUGGUUCCGAUGACUUGGAAUGUGAAAACACAAUAUGUGCUUUAAAUAUCCGCAAACAGACAUCAUGGGAUGAUUUUUCAAAAGCAGUGAGUCAAGCUCUGACAAAUCAUUUCCAGGCAAUCUCUUCUGAUGGAUGGUGGAGUCUGGAAGACGUGACUUGCAAUAACACCACUGAUUCCAACAUCGGCCUCAGUGCAAGAAGCAUACGAUCCAUCACGCUAGGAAAUGUGCUGUGGUCAGUGGGUCAGAGCUUCGUACAGUCCCCGUGGGACUUUAUGAGGAAGAAUAAGGCAGAGCACAUCACUGUGCUUUUGUCAGGUCCUCUAGAAGGCUGCCUCAGUAGUGUGACUUAUGCCUCCAUGAUCCCUCUCCAGAUGAUGCAGAACUACCUCAGGCUGGUUGAGCAAUAUCAUAAUGUCAUUUUCCACGGCCCAGAAGGAAGCUUGCAAGACUACAUAGUACAUCAGCUUGCACUCUGCCUGAAGCACAGACAAAUGGCUGCAGGAUUCUCCUGUGAAAUAGUGAGAGCUGAAGUAGAUGCUCGUUUUUCCAAAGAACAGCUACUAGACCUGUUCAUCAGUAGCGCUUGUCUGAUCCCAGUGAAACAAUCUCCCAGUAAGAAGAAAAUCAUUAUCAUUUUAGAAAAUUUGGAAAAAUCUUCACUGUCUGAGUUAUUGAGGGACUUUUUGGCACCUCUUGAAAAUCGCAGCACUGAAAGCCCCUGCACUUUCCAAAAAGGAAAUGGAAUAUCCGAAUGUUAUUACUUUCAUGAGAACUGCUUUCUGAUGGGAACCAUUGCCAAGGCCUGUCUCCAGGGCUCCGACUUGCUGGUGCAGCAGCAUUUCCGCUGGGUGCAGCUGCGGUGGGAUGGCGAGCCCAUGCAGGGACUGCUGCAGAGGUUCUUACGAAGGAAAGUUGUGAAUAAGUUCAAAGGUCAGGCGCCCUCCCCCUGCGAUCCUGUGUGCAAGAUUGUCGACUGGGCUCUGUCCGUCUGGCGUCAGCUUAACUCCUGCCUGGCCCGCUUGGGCACACCUGAAGCACUUCUUGGACCAAAAUAUUUCCUGUCUUGUCCUGUAGUUCCUGGGCAUGCCCAAGUGACGGUGAAGUGGAUGUCUAAGCUGUGGAAUGGCGUCAUCGCACCCAGAGUUCAAGAAGCAAUAUUGUCAAGAGCCUCUGUGAAAAGACAGCCUGGCUUUGGGCAGACAACUGCUAAAAGACACCCUAGCCAAGGACAGCAGGCUGUGGUCAAAGCUGCUCUCAGCAUCUUGCUAAAUAAAGCUGUACUGCAUGGCUGUCCCCUCCCCAGAGCAGAGCUAGACCAGCAUACAGCUGAUUUCAAAGGAGGAAGUUUCCCUUUAUCCAUAGUUUCCAGUUAUAACAGUUGUAACAAGAAGAAAGGAGAGAGUGGUGCCUGGAGAAAGGUGAACACCAGUCCUCGCAGGAAGUCUGGCCGCUUCUCUUUACCCACCUGGAAUAAGCCAGACCUAAGCACUGAAGGUAUGAAAAAUAAGACUGUAUCACAGCUGAAUUGUAACAGGAGUGCUUCUCUGUCAAAACAAAAGUCUUUAGAGAAUGAUCUAUCACUGACGUUGAAUUUGGAUCAGAGACUCUCUCUGGGUUCGGAUGACGAAGCAGAUCUUGUCAAGGAACUUCAGAGCAUGUGCUCCAGCAAGUCUGAGUCUGAUAUCAGCAAGAUUGCUGAUUCCAGGGAUGAUUUAAGGAUGUUUGAUAGUUCUGGAAACAACCCUGUACUUUCAGCAACUAUUAAUAAUCUGAGAAUGCCAGUGUCACAAAAGGAGGUCAGUCCUCUCAGCAGCCAUCAAACUACUGAAUGCAGCAACAGUAAAUCAAAGACUGAGUUGGGUGUUUCAAGAGUUAAAUCUUUUCUUCCUGUUCCUAGAAGUAAAGUCACCCAGUGUUCCCAGAACACCAAAAGAAGCAGCAGCAGCAGUAAUACAAGGCAAAUAGAAAUCAACAACAAUUCAAAAGAAGAGAAUUGGAACUUACACAAAAAUGAACACCUAGAAAAACCUAACAAAUAGGCCUGCCUACAAUAUUCUCAUUAUUAACUUCCUCUAUUUCACACAGAAACCAAGGACAACAAGAUAUAAAUACCUUUAAAUUGAUAAAAUGUUUUCACUGUAAUAUAAAUUAUGAGUGCGGGACCACUAUUCAUUUUUUUUUGUAAAGAAUGUAUUUAUAACCAACAUUUUGUUGCUUUUUUUAAUUCUGUAGGAUUGAACUUCAAUACCAGGAAGUUAUGCCAACUUUUCAAGUAGUUUUAUAAUAGAAAAAUUGUAAUUGUUUUAAUCAAGAUGUUCAGGGGUAUUAAAACAGAACUGUGUACUGUAUAUCUGUAUAUAUGUAUAUAUGUAUGUAUAUUUAAGGAAGUCCACAAAUCAUACUGCAUACAUGCUACAAAAUGUGUAUAACUUUGGCUUAGAUAACUUGUACCAUUUUAAAUAGAGAUCCUAAUUUUAUGUUCACUUGAUGGGGAAUGACUAGAAUGGGGCAAUAACAAAUCAUUUUUAAACAGUUAUUUUCCAUUAAAAGCCAUAUUAAGUAUUUUGCUUGUUAAAUUCUACUUUUAUGUUUUAAAUCUCUUAGUGGUUACAUUGCCAUUUGGUAGCAUCAUGUAUAUAUUUAUGCUUAUAAGUUUGCAUUAUGACUCCUGUAAAAUAUGAAAUUAUAAUGCAAUAAAAGUGUUAUCUUUCUUACAAAAGUUUUGUACCUAAGUGGAUAUAAAUAACUGCAUAAAUGAAUAAAUUCAGAAUUAACUCCUUCAAUAUUAUUUCUAGUAACACAACUGAUAAUAUUGAUAUUUUCUACAAAUGUUACUUCUAAAAUUACAGACAAAAUUACUUAUACAACUGAGUUAAGAUGCUUUGACACUGAAUAAAAUAUUGAUUUCGUGAAAUC